UUUUUGUCUCCACAGCGCCUGGGAUGCUGUUUGAGAUGGCUGGGGUUUCAUGUGCAUGCUUUCUAAUGUUUUAUGAGUUUGCAUCCCUUAUUUGCUAAUUCUAUUUAAAUCGGUGUUUCUUACUGUAUUUUUCUUGAUUGUACAGCCUUUUGGCAAAAUAUUUGUGCAACUUGAACUCAUUUAAAAACUGUGGGAGAAAGUCAAUUUCUGUCAAAAACAGAUGGCAUUUUGGUUGACAUUCAACCAAACACGUAAUAUUCAGCGCGUAUAUGCAUAGAACAGCGGCGCAUAUUCUUCCCAUAAUCACGUGACCCUCCGCGAACAUCGCAGGCGCUCCAGCGGCCAAUAAACGCGACGCUUCGCGCGGGAGGAGGCGCGUCUGACUGACUGUCAUGCGAGUUUCAGGAACAGAAGGGCGUGUGUUAUUAAUAAUCAGCCGAGCAGAAAGUCCCACAGUCGUUCUGACAGCGAGCAGACGAGGAAACGCAGCGCUCCGGAGAGGACGCGGAGCCGCGCGCUGUUCUUGAGCCGCGCUUGAUUCAUCGCUGCGUGGGUUACGCUUCUGCGCUCGGCGCUGCUUUCUGUCGCCUUCCAGCGUGACUAAUCGGAGCUUUGACGCAGUGGAUUGUUUCUUCAUCUGAUCGAUCCUACACACAGUUUAAGGCUGAGGAUUUCUGAAUGCCCUUCCCAAUCCCAACAACUCCACUGAUUAUUUUUUUUCCGUCGUGGAUGACUGAAAACACACAGCUGAGAUAAUUUCUCGCCAUAUUAUGUCUUGUGAGGAAUCUGUCUUGCUGUUUCAAUGACGGGUAAGAUGGAAACGCCCUUCUAUCACGAUGAUAGCGUUCCAAACUUUGGGCAAAUUCCAGACUAUGAUCGAUACCAAGGCCACAAGAUUAUGAGCAAGAAGAACAACAUGCCGCACAAUUUCUCCAACAGCGUGGGAAACGCCUCCAGCCUCAAACUCAACAGCCCCGGCGGUCUGGGCAUGAGCGGCAAUCCCAACGGCUCGCUGAUGUCUUCUCCAGACAUGAACCUCCUGAAGCUGUCCUCUCCAGAUCUGGAGCACCUGAUUAUCCAGUCUAACCAGGGGCUGGUUACUACAAGCCCGGCUCCCAACGCGUCCGCCAAUCCUUUCAUGUAUCGAAACCAUGCCACAAACGAGCAGGAGGGAUUCGCCGACGGCUUCGUCAAAGCUCUGGCCGACCUGCACAAGCAGAAUCAGCUGGUCGGGGCCCCCAUGUCGCCCUCCUCCUCCAUCCAGGGCCCCUACCAGAGGAACCUGAUGCCGGCCGCAGACAUGCCCAUCUACACCAACCUGAGCAGCUACAACCCCAACCAGCUGCCCUCCUCUUACCCCGGCGGCCAGAUGGCCUACGCCUCGCCCCACGGCCCUCAGACCCGGGGCCCGGACGCUCCGCAGACAGUGCCCGAGGUGCCGCACCCGCCCGGGGCCGACCCGGCCAGCUCCCCGCCCUCGCUCUCGCCCAUCGACCUGGAGACCCAGGAGCGGAUCAAGGCGGAGCGCAAGAAGCUGCGGAACCGCAUCGCCGCCUCCAAGUGCCGCAAGCGGAAGCUGGAGAGGAUCUCGCGGCUGGAGGAGAAGGUCAAGGUGCUCAAGACGCAGAACUCGGACCUGGCCUCCACCGCCAGCAUCCUGAGGGAGCAGGUGGCUCAGCUCAAACAGAAAGUCAUGAAUCACGUCACUAACGGCUGCCAGAUCGCCGUCAGCUCGGCCGGCAUGGCCAAGAGCGGGGAGAGUACCAGCUGCUGAAACCACAAGAGGCUUUUCUAAUGACUUUCUCUUUAUCUGCUCUCGCGCUCAUUCUCUGUCUCUCUCAGCCCCGUCUUGCUUCUGCUGGAAGGGCGAGGCGGGGGAGACCCGUGCAUGAGAGCGACGCCGCUUUCCAUCUGUCCGGGAUUGACAAUCCUGCACACGCUCCCGAAGUACGUUCUUCAGCCGCUCCUUGGACUCGGGGUCAGUCCAAAGCGACAGGGAUGUGAAUGCGCUGCGGGUGGGAUGGUCAUAAAUGCGGUAAAGGGAACAAAAACUCAAGUAGGAAUUCUGCACUUGAAUACUUUUCUCUUUUUUCUGCAAACCCCGGCUUGCAACUUCACUUCAGGCCGACGGAAACUUUUCUCAACGUUUUUUUUUUUCUUUAUAAUCAGCGUCUCGUUCAACCGAUGGACAAACUUUAUAUGUUUUUGGGGGUUCGUGUUUCUAAAAUUGUUGCACUAUUAUGCAAACUUUUCUCCAAAGCACCUGACGGACUCUUACAAACGUGGAAGGGAACCGAUCCCUUUAUACUGCUUUGAGAUGUCACCUGUAUUCUAGUGGAAAUCUCUUGGUUUAAUCUGUCAUCUUGUCUCAGUAACAUUACAGCAUAUGUUUGUUGGUUGGUUGGUUGGUUUGAUAUUGUGCAAUUUGUGAAUAUGAGAAAAAAAUAUUUUAUACAAACCAAGACUUUUUCAAAAGUAUUAGCGUUUAAUAUCGCAACGUUAUAAGCAAAGAGACAUCUGCGGAUAAAGGAUCGUGGUACUGUGCAAAACUUUAAAUGGUACCUUUGGCCGUAUUUGAGUUGGGAAUUUCCUGAGCAUUCCGAGACCUUUUGCACUGUAAUCUCUCGUCCCGGCGGGAGAUACGCUCUAAUAAUGGGUUGAUAGCAUGUUUUUGCCAUUAUCUAAUGAGUAUUAAUGCUGUGUUAACCUGGAGUAACGGCGUGGAAAAGCUACUCUGGACUAAAGAAAUGGGAUGAUGCACCAAGUCAAGAGUCAUAACUGACCUGAAAUCAGAACGACAACAAAAGGGCUUUUGAUCAAUAGUAUUUUACUUUUCUUUUCUUUUUUUCUGCAUUUUAUUUUAUAAUUUUUUCUUUUUUAAUGAAUUAUGAAGCAAUUUUAUUUAUACAGAAUUUGUAUUUAUGUUGUUUUCUGAGGAGAGGAAGAACACGGUCGGAAUACUAGUGUCUUGUUGACACGUUAUUUUUUGGAAACUACACGAUUGCACAUAAAUCAGAAACAUUAAAUGAUGUGUAAUAUUUAUCCUCUGUGUAUAGCAUGACAGUUUGAACUAUAACUACAACUAUGUUUAUAGUAGGUAAAAUUAAUAAAUGAGGGAAAUUUUGAAAGAUUGUUGGUAAUGGCACCCAGACAUUGUUUUACAAGGCGAGCAGAAGUCAGCGCUCUGCUACAGACGUCGGAUCAGCUCGAUGACGUAACGCGCUUCGCGCCGCUGCGAUAAAGGACUCGAAGAAGGCCAGCUUUUGCGAAAACCGUCCGUGUGUUGAAGAGUCCUGUACGUCUGCCAGCGUUGCUGCUCAGAAUAUCUGUUCAAUGCCUUUCUUACAGUCAGUGGAGAUGCAGAUCAUUUUAUUUAUAUAUCUUUAUCCAUUACGGAGAUGAUUCAUAGGGAUACCUGAGACAGGUACUAGAACUGUCAAAUAACCUUGUGCAACAAGAAGAUAUUUAUUUUUUGAAACUUGAAUAAGGUUUUUGAUGUCACAAACGUAUUGUAUUUUUGUACAAAAUUGUUUUGUUUAAGAAUAGUGUGUGUACGGUACCUACUGUAUUACUUUGUAUCAUUCCGAAUGCUUUAUUUAUUGAAGUGGUUUUACUGAGCAGUGUGGUGUUGUUUUAUUUGAGCUCGGCUCCAAGCGUUUCUGUGUUGCUGGUUUGUGUUCGUACAUGCCUACUGUUGGUACAUUUGUCCACCGAGUGCUCGAGUUUUUCCACUGGUCCUUGCUUUGUUCCUGAUUGUUCUGUGUUCCUCUAUUUUAACCCUAAAUCUCGUGUUGUUUCCUGGGACAUGUACGGCUGUGUUUUUUGAUCCAACUCUAAAGACUGAUCGCGUCGAAAUCUUCGACAGACCACAAGGUCUUUUUUCUUUACUGUGUGUCGUAUAUACACAUACUGAAAAUGAGUUUACUCUGUUUACUUUGUGUGUACAGAAGGCGGUUUGUGUAACGAUUAUCUUCUCAGUCCUGAUCCCAAAUUAGAAUCAGACUUUCGUGACUGAGCGUUUUAAGGCAAAGAUGAAGUUUGAUGAUGAAUAUGUUACCGCAGCACGGUGUGUUUUGAUGUGUCAGAUUUUGACGGCCAGUUCUGGAGCCUCCUUUACUAUUUUUCGAGAGAAUUACACAAAGACUCGAGCGACUGGUGGUCAAACGUGGGCUGACGGGAACGUGUGACUAAGGGGCGACUUGCCUCGCUGGUUUAAUUGCUUCUAAAUGACUUGCGGUCUUCAAAUGCUGUUCAUUGUUUUCUUUUUUAUCAACAAUAAAGCAGAGUAGGUUUCUGAAAACUU